AGUUAGGCGAGUCGGCUGUUCAGGGGGGUGGGGUCCACAGUACAGGACAGUGAAAAGUAACCAAAGGUUUUCUGUGUGCGUUAUAAUAAGGUCCCAUGAUCUAUGGUUAGAUUGCAGCAUUGAAGUUUCAUCCCAAGGUCAUUUCUUGAUGCCGUGUGUGAAGAUUUACCUUUGCUCAAACCCAGAAGACUCUGUCCAGGAGAGGAGGGCACUGAGAGAGAUCGUGUUCCCUAAGCUUAGAGAUCACUGCAGGCGGACACAUGGAGUGGAUUUCAGAGUUAUUGACCCCUAUGAGGCACACAGUCCGGACGAUUGGCCCAGCCAAUGGACAAAGCUGCAGCUUCUACAGAGAUGCAAGGACACUUCAGCAGGACCAUACUUUAUGGGUCUGAUUGGGCAGCAGUAUGGCAGCGCAUCCUUACCAGAGCAGGUGGAGACAUCAGAAUUCCAGAACAUUCUUCACGCAUGCCAAUCCCUACAACUAAACAUUCAGAAACUGGAGGCAAACUAUCGCAGAGAUGAGAAUGUCACUCCACCGUCCUUCUGUCUACUACCCAGUCAGCAAAGCAGCCAAAUAGAUGCCAUAAGAGAUGUGGGAACAUGCAGAAAUGCUCUGGAGGAAUUAAAAGAUGUAUUUUAUGCAUCUUUGAAACACUGCAUGCUUGAAGGAAGCAUCGCAGCAGAAAAAGCCCAAAAGUACUUUCGAUCAGACCUUGAGAAUGACCUCCGAUUUGUAGCCGAGAACUUCUCAUCCAGCGACACGAAAAGAUGUCUGUGUUACGUUCACAAGAUCAUCAAUCAGCGAAAGGACCGUCAGGAUGCGUCAAGUGACCAAAUGAAAGCGCUCUGCGAUGACUUCCUGCCAAAGCUGGUGACCUCCUGUCACCUGGAAGUGUACACCAUGACCACGGAGUGCGAGCGCAGACAGGGAUACACAGCAGCCUUGAAACAAGACUACAUCGAAGGACUCUGUCUGCAGGUCUUUACAGACCUUUCGAGACUGGUUGACUGCACUGUUGCGAAGUACACCGCUCAGCCUGGUGAUGCCAGCUCCCAGCAGGCCAGCUUGUGCCAGCUAUACUCUCAGCUGUACCGCAUUGAGAGAGCAGAGGAACAGGAGAUCAAAGCUUACGUCAAACAGCACAACCCCAAAUACCCACUAGUGCUCACUGGAGGCCCAUGCUCUGGAAAAACUGUGCUAACAGCAUAUUGCGCAACUCAGGUGAAAACAUGGCUGAAGUCCACUGCUCCUGUGAUCAUCACUCAACUCUUAUCCCACCAUAUCCCAUUAGUGCUGUUUCUUAACAGCAUCUGUAGUCAGAUUGCGGACUGUUAUGAUCAUCCGUUUGACAAGUGCACACGAGAUGUUUCUCAAUUGAAAGACGCCUUUGUUGAAUGUUUAGCGCUAGCAGCAUCUUCCAAGCGUCCCUUAGUCUUGAUGUUUGAUGGUCUUGAUCAGGUGCUGAUGACUGAAGGCCUCCAGCAACUGACAUGGCUGCCCAGUUGCUUACCUCCAAAUGUCAAAAUGGUAAUUUCUACCACGUACACUAAAUCUGGCACCCUUGCAACCCUCAAAGCUCGAUACCAUGUCUCUAAAUUGUUUCUGGACCUGAGUCCAUUUCAGAAAAGCCGCUGUAGCCACAUGCUGACAGGCCUUCUGAAGAGCAGCAAUAGAAGGAUUACUUCUGGACAGCAGUUAUAUGUGAACGAGGCCCUUAAACAGUGUCCUCUCCCUCUCUACGCAGAGCUUCUCUACAGACAAGUCAACCUCUGGGACUCUGAGACUGAGGUCACUGAGAAGACUCUCAGCCAGGGCGUUCACAAUAACAUCCAUGUAUUUCUGAACCAGCUUGAAGCAAAACAUGGUCAAGAGCUGGUCUGCAGAUCACUGAGUUUGUUAACUUUAUCUCGAUAUGGCCUCACAGAGGCUGAGCUGACUGACAUCCUCUCUUGCGAGGACGAUCUAGUCUCUGCGUUCAUCUCACCUGAGGAUCCACCGCCAUAUAGGCUUCGGUUCCCUGAGGUUGUAGUCGAGAGGCUACUCUCAGACCUCGAGGGCUUUCUGGUGGCAAGAUUUAUCUCAGGUUCCCAUGUGUUGUUCUGGGUCAGUAGACAUUUCCAGCUAGUUGUCCUCAAGAGAUACGUGGUGGUUGACCCCAUUGACAUGAGUAAGGAGAUCCACUAUCGGCUCGCAAAUUACUUUAGUGGUCGUUGGGCGUAUGGAAGGGCCAAGCAAUUGCUGUUAACACCAAAUGCAAACAUGGAAAGUGACAAACCAGCAACCUCAGAUGCAGUGCAGGGGAAAUUCUACAUAGACAGGAACCCAUAUGGACAGCCUUGGGAGUUUCCUUCUAAGUCAUCAGCAAAAGGGGUUGUGAAUUUCAGAAAAGUCCAUGAGCUUCCUUAUCACCUUACAUUGAGUGAGAAGCUCGAGGAGCUUUGCAGAAGUGUUCUGCUCUGCUUCGAUUUUCACCAUGCGAUGUUGAAGGGGGGGUUAGUGCAGGAGUUGAUUUCGUGGCUUGAAGAAAUAUCUCAGGUUCUAAUGCCAAGAGAGCUUAGGCUUCUGUCCUGCAUAUUGAGAAGUUCGUCAUGUGUGCUCCAGAAUUUGCUGUCAGAAGUACCGUUGAUACUUCAAUCUCAACUCCUCCCUUUUGCAUGGGUCUUUCCUGAAAUGGAGGGCUAUGUGAAGCAGUUAUGUGUGGAAAAUGUGAGGUCUGGAAUAAGCAUGGUGCUGUCACCUGCUCCACCUGUUCCCCAUACCUCUGUGCGACUACCAGGUAAAAAUGGGUCCUCUGUUACAGAUGUGGCUGCUUCUGAAAAUGGAACAAUAGUUCUCCUCUUUGGUGAUGGUUCUGUGUGGAUAUGGACUGGGAUGUCUUUAGAACAGCUUGAGUUACCUCAUGGGCCCACAUUUCAAUGGGCCAGUGUCAGGUGUUUUGGCAGUUACAUUUUGCUGUCUUCCUGCUGUAAAAGACUAUUUCUAUGCAAAAUAGACACAAUGUUGUUGGAGGAGGUUCCACUUCUGAAUACAGAGUUUCAUCAGAGCAGCAAUGUCUCUGUUGAUGGCUUCCUGGUAUUUGAACCACAUAUAUUUUGGUGGUAUAAACAAGACCACCAUGUUUUUAUGUAUACCACUAAUGGUGAUACAUCUUGUAAUCGCUCUCUUGGGAUAACUCUCAUUCCCUCUACUGGAUUUAUCACAUCCAUAUCGAGUUCUUACGAUGGUCAGUUUAUUUUCUGCGGCCAGGACAAUGGAAAUGUUUCUGUUUUUGAUGUGCUUAGCAAUCAGUCUGUCUCUGCCAUCUCUUGUCCAACAAAAAGGCCUCUUGUUGGCCUGAAACUGACGGAGAGUGAGCUGAUGACAUGUAUUGACAAUGUCGGUAGCCUGUAUGUGUGGAAUAUUCAAUCCAUUUCAAGUUCGACCCUUCAAACAGAGUGGUUUGAUAGCGAAGACACUGAGGAGGUUUUGAAUGUUGAUUUCGAAAAGAAUAAUCACAUUGUCCUCAUUUGUAAAAGGCAGAAAAUCAUACUGUGGAGCUCGUGUAAUUGCACAGUGGAUGAUCAAUUCCACGCUCCAAAAGGCCAAGCUUUUAUUCAAGCGUUUAUGGACAGUGACUCCCACUUCCUGUUGGCAUUACUAGAGGAUUCUCCAUCUCUUCUAGUCUGGAGUUUGUGCACAGGGCAGUGUAUUUUGAAUCUCAACACUGGUGGUACAGCAGCCCUGAAAUAUUUAAAAGUGACCGGUCAACAUCUGUCGGCUGUUUCAGCAAGUGGCAUGAUGACCUGGGAUAUGGAGCUGGUCAGAAUAGCAGCCCUCACCCCCAAAACUGGAUCGAAAAUAACAAACGUGCUGCUGGUAAAAGACUCUGAUAGUUUCUACACCACUGAUGAUGGAGAGGUGGUGUGGAAGUGGAGUGCCCACACUGGCCUGAUAGAGGGUAGCUUCAUGCACCACGCUCCAGUUACAGCUGUAGCCAUCUCGCCAGACGGGGAGUAUUUGGUGACAGUCGCCUCAGAAAACAUUUAUGUGUGGAGAACCGUGGACGGAGUUAACCUUCUUCGCAUUACCUCUGGCAGUGUGGUAUCACACAUACUCAUCACACCUAAAGGAAACCAUGUCGUGUCACUGUCAGAUGAGGGCCUGUCCAGAGUCUGGAAGGUUCCAAGUGGCCAUGUUGUGUGCAGCUUUUGCCACAGUCUCAAAGGUCCGGUUGUCUCCCCCGAGAGCACCUUCCUUCUGGGCCUGCAGGCGGAGAGCCUGAUGGCUAUCAGCCUAUGGUCUGGCUAUGUUAGCAGACAGUUCCCGUUGUCGCACGUGCUUGCAUUCUACCCCGUAGCGGAGCAUCCAGACUAUGUCAUAGUCAUCACCUUAUCGGGGGCUAUCUAUUCAUGGAGGAUGUCGGAGGACACAAUAUGUCAAAGAUUCCAAAUGCCGGAACACCUUCUUGCCCAAACGGUAGUGUCACAGGUCUCCUCUGAUGGAAACUAUGCUCUUUUUAAUGGCCUACAAUCUGAUAUCAACAUCUUGGAUGUGGCCCAGGGUAGGUUUUGCACGGUAAACGUUAAUGCACCAGUUCAACACACAUGCUUGGAUAUUGGCGGUAAAUACGCUGCUUAUAUCUGUGGAAGUCCCUUUGAUCACCUAAACUGUGCUAGCGAUCCCUGUGUUAGAUUUGUUUUGACUGCCAUACAAGUCUCAGACGGAAGGAAAAUUGGUAGGUUCUACCUCUGCAGGUAUCCUUGUGCAAUGAGCAUGUCUGAUAACUUGAAUAUAUACGUAGGUUUUGAUGACGGGUCUGUAGGCAUUUAUGCCAUCACUGAUACAGAAGAAAAGGUUUCUGCUACUAAGAGCAAACUGAUGCCAGAAGAGCGAAGACAACAGCCAUGUGCCGUGGAAAUGUGGCAGCCUUUAGCAGCACCCAACCAUGUGUGGGCAGACUAUGAUGUCUGUGUGUAAACACACACACACACACACACACACUGUAUAUUAUUUAUAUUGUGCUUUA